GCGGUAUCGCAGAGUUGUGUCUGAUAAAGUCAGGAGGGGCAACUGGGUCUGUAAAAUGACAACUAAAGCCUCUUCUAUAGAACUUUGCUGUUCUGUGUGCUUUGGAAUAUUCACCGACCCGGUCUUGAUGCCAUGCAGCCACAGCUUCUGUACAGUCUGUCUCCAGCAGGGCUGUGAAGAGAAGAGCCCUUGGGAGUGUCCAGUAUGCAAGAGAGCGACUUCCAUGGACAAACAACCUCAGAACCUGGAUUUAAAGAACAUUGUGGAGUCUUAUGUUAAGCAGAAGCCUGAGGGUGAAGCUGAAGAGAAGAAUGACGCAUGCUGCAGUUUUCAUGGAGAGAAACUCUUGUUCUUCUGUGUGGAGGACGAGGAGCCUCUCUGUGUCGUGUGUCAGACUUCAAAAAACCACAUGAAACACCAGCUCUGUCCAGUGGAAAAGGCUACAUUAGAUCUGAAGGAGAAGCUCAAGGCUGCGCUGUAUCCUUUGAAAGAAAAGGUUGAGAGGUUCAUUGAUGCUAAACAAGAAUGUGAGAAGACAGCAGCACAUAUACGGAAUCAGGCCCAGUACACAGAAGAGCAGGUAAAGACACAGUUUGAGAAGCUCCGCCAGUUUCUGCAAGAUGAAGAGCAGGCCAGAAUAGCUGCGCUGAGGGAGGAAGAGCAGCAGAAGAGUCAGAUGAUGAAGGAGCAUAUUGAAAGCAUCACAAGACAAAUCUCCAUCCUCAAAGACAAAAUCACAACCAUAGAGAAUACAGUGGAUAGCAAAGACAUCCAUUUCUUGAAGACCUACAAGGACACCAAACAGAGAGCCCAGUGCACACUGCAUGAUCCAGAGCUGCUCUCUGGGGCACUGAUAGAUGUGGCCAAACACCUGGGCAACCUGAAGUUCAAAGUCUGGGAGAAGAUGCAGGAGAUGGUGCAGUACACUCCUGUGACUCUAGAUCCCAACACUGCAGCCCUCUGGCUCUUUCUUUCCAAUGGUUUAACCAGAGUGAGAGACACAGAGAGAAACCAGCAGAUUCCAGACAACCCAGAGAGGUUUUACCCCUGUGUUGGAGUGCUAGGGUCCGAGGGGUUUACCUCAGGAAAACACAGCUGGGAAGUGGAGGUGGGGAACAAACCCUCCUGGGAUGUGGGAGUGGUGAAAGAGUCCAUCAACAGGAAGGGGGCGAUUAAAUGCAGCCCAACAGAAGGAUUUUGGGUUGUAGCUCUAAGAAAAGGAGAGGGCUACAAAGCAGCAGGAGUUACCCAUCUUAAUCUGGAGAGGAAACUCCAGAGCAUCAGAGUGCAGCUGGACUAUGACAGGGGGAAGGUGUCCUUCUUCGACCCCAGUGACAUGUCACUCAUCUACACUUUUGAAGACUUGUUUACUGAGAAACUCUUCCCAUAUUUCAAUCCUGAUUUAUACACUGAUGGCAAUAAUCCUGGAGCCUUGCAAAUCUGCCCAGAGAGGGUGACCAUUGGAGUGAUGUCAUCCCAGCGAAUGUGUCCCAAACAGUGAUGUCAUCUAAGCAAAAGUGAUUGUAACAGAUUCUAAUGUGAUAUGAUUUCUGAGAUAAAACCGCUUUUGAUUUUCUUUUGCAUGUAGUCAUGUUGACAAAGCUGUAUUCAAUAUAGCAUUUGCAAGAAAAUCAUUAUUUACUUAUUUGUAAAUAUCUGUAAGUAAUCAGCUCAUGUGCUAAAAAAACACAUCGGCCUAUGUUAACAGUGUACAGUUAGGUAUGGAAGAUGUAAUGUUGGGAGGGUUCCAAAGACAUGGUUAAUAGCAGGAAAGCUGUGGAAAGACAAUGCAUUGUAAAUACGACAUUCUAAAAAAUAAACAUUAUUGGAUCAAAGAAAGGGGUGAAAUCAUUUGAUGCCUAAGAUUGGACGUAGAGUUUGUGCACAAUCUCCCAGCACAGCUUUAUAGCUGGAUUCUUCUUCAAGAAUUGGAUACCAUAAUUAGAUUAUGAAAACUCCUUGAAUCAAAUGGGUGUGAAUAAAUUUUGUGCUUGGUAAUUAUUUGCCUUGUCUUUCAACAAGCACUUCUUGUUCCAAAAUGGGGGGAUGUUUAAAGCCCUGUAAACACAGUUAUGCUUCAUACUUUCAUACCUUCUUAUGCAGGAAUACACAAGGGGUGUACUAUUCUACAUUUAUGCAUUUUGUUAAACUUUAU